CAAACACCAACUGGUCCAAAUAGAACGACUUCCUAAAAAAAUAAGGGAGCUAGCUCCGUUUCACAUCCUGUCCUUUCCCCGGUGAAUUAAAAAAAAGGAGAACGAGGAAAAACUGAUAAUUGAAGGUCGACCCCGACAUCGACACCGACCCCGAGGGAAGAAGAGGAAAACGGGCUGUUUUUCCUUUCAGGUCUGAUUGAGUGCGCGACUUGGUAUUCCGAAGGAUCGCCAUCUACACCUCGGCUGAGCAACAAGACGGACCUGCGUCUCAGCUCAGCUCGUAAGUCGCAUCCCUUCUUCCUUUUCCUCAAUUUCAGCGGAGCUGGUUGAUCUAGUCAUUUUAUGCCGCAGUUACCGCGUAAUCAAUGUUUCACUAUUAGAAUUGGGAUUGAAACCUCCUCUCCAGCUGCUGCCGCUCGUCUAUCCCUACCAACAACACACCCUUCGUCUGUUUUUUCGAUCUCCCCUUUGCAAUUCAUAAGAGUAAUAAUAGUUCUGGUUUUACAAGGAAAGUAGAAGAAAAGAAAGAUAGCAAUACUAUGCAGAAGAGUGGGAGUGUUUCCAAGAAUAGUUUGAGAGUAACGACACCUCAGCAGUCUCUCAGGCGACUGGGAUUGUGCUCCCAAAUAGCCACUGCAACUGGGGGUCAACACUCCUCCCCAAUUGUUUUCCCUGAGAAACAGAAACGACACAAGAUCAAGGCUUCCAAGACUCCAACCCCUGCCUCUACUGAUGAUCCCAACACACUAAAGACCUUCGAGCACAGGAUUGACAUUCCGGCUUCUGCUGCUGGAGAUGAAAAGUCUGACCUGUUGGGUUAUGUUGUUUUCGCUGGAAAAUUAGUGUUGGACAAAAGAAACACCAGCAGUAUAAACACUAAUUCUUCUACUGAUGUACACCAAACAGCCUCCUCUUCUGAUAUUCCCAACCAGGAAGCUGUUGAUGCCAAGCUUACCAGUAAGGCUUUAAUUUGGGGUUCUCACAUGCUGCGUCUUGAUGAUGUCAUCUCAGUUUCAUACAACGUUGGUCUCAGACAUUUCACCGUGCAUUCUUAUCCCUUGAAAAAGGGUUCUUGUGGCCUUUCAUGUCUUAUUAAACCUCGCAGAAGCCGUAAGGACUUUCGAUUCUCGGCUUCUAGCAUAGAAGAGGCAGUUCAGUGGGUUGGUGGGUUUGCUGAUCAGCAGUGUUAUGUGAAUUGCUUGCCCCAUCCAUUGCUAUCUUCUAAGAAGCAGGCUUCUUCAGAAUUACUUCCAAUUGAUACUCCCCCUGAGUUAAUUUUCAAAUGUAAGAGUCCGCCAAAAAUACUUGUAAUAUUAAAUCCACAAUCUGGACGUGGCCGUUCAAGUAAGGUUUUUCACAACGUCGUUGAACCUAUAUUUAAGCUUGCAGGUUUCAAAGUGGAGGUAGUCAAAACAACAUCUGCAGGUCAUGCUAGGAAACUUGCCUCUACUGUUGACAUUAGCACUUGUCCUGAUGGAAUCAUUUGUGUUGGGGGUGAUGGAAUUAUUAAUGAGGUAAAUCCUUUGCUACUUCGAUGUUUCCAAGUAUGGUACAUAGCCAUGAUUAGUAUUAUUCUGUCUGUCUCUCUGUCUCUGUCUCUGUCUCUGUCUCUCUCUCCCUCCCUCCCUCCAACAUGUGUGUCUCUAUAAGGUUCUAUGCCCCCG